AGUAUCACUUCAUCAGAAAAAAGAGCGCUCGGGACGAGGGUGAAAUUGAUAUUAAUAUGCAUUUAUGAAAUCCAUCUCUACAAUGCUCCCAGAGUGCCUGAGUACUCCAUAUACGCAUAUCCGCGUUCUCAGGAACCAUAGAGACCAGAUGGUCUGUACGACAGGUUUUGUGAAGAGGGAUGUAUUAGUACUAGUAUGUCAUACUAGUCCUGAAAUACUAGAAUCUGUACACUCGCUCAAAAGUACCUCGACAGAGGCUCAAAAGUACCUCGAACAAUGGCUCAAAAGUACCUCGAACAAUGGCUCAAAAGACUUGGUGACAUUUUUUAAUGGCGAGGCUUUAGUGUUUCGACCUCUGAAAACCGGAGAUUAUGUUGAUGGCACUCAAGUUGUUUGUCCAAGAUGUCAAAAAACGGUCCCUCGAAAAAAAGCCAAGAAUCAUUGCAGAAGAUGUGAAGAGAUCACAGGAGAAUUUCAGGAAAGCAUUGUUGAUGAAGACAAUGAUGGAGCUCACCAGACAGAUGCGAUAGUAGGAUCACAACGACCCCAUUCCGAUAUUGAAGACACUACAGACAUCUGGACGAGCCUCUGUGUCAACACUCGUGAACAUGAACGCCUCUGUGUAUCACAUCAAUGGGCGUGCAAUGAUCCUCACCCAGAAGCACCGGAGCUCGUGCGAUCCAUCCUCCCAGAGCCCCACAAGAUCUUGAAAGUCGACGAUGACCAGGGAAAGGUCAAAGUCAAAGCAGCAAAAUUAGAAAGUCAGUUUCUGGAAACACACGAGCCAGCCACUCCUGAGCACCUCCCUGUAAUAGGGGCUGGUGGGGAUGAAGGACUAGAGCGUUUGAUGGGCGCAGUAAUUGUCGCUGGAGAAAAUAGUUUGACAAUAACUUGCAGAGCUUUAUUCAAGAGACAACUGGACAGAUCCCCAUGCAGAAUCACACGAUGCUGUUCCAUCAAGUGUCCCAACAGAAGAGCUUUUCACUCAAUACUCCAACCAGCUAAAAAUCGUGAAGAUGGAUGA